AGCCUUGGCGAGCCACAGUUUGGGAAACGGGACCAAUAAAUCUGAAAACGGACUUUCCAAAGAUGGCGGACACCUUGAAUAUAUCGCUUAUUUCCUGAUUCCGGUAUUCUUCCUUAUGGGGCUGUUAGGGGUUUUAAUUUGUCACGUGCUAAAGAAAAAAGGCUAUCGAUGUACGACCGAAACAGAGGAAGAACAGCUUGGAGAAAAGAUAGAAUUGAACGAAAGCGUCAAUGAGAACAGCGACACCGUGGGACAGAUAGUGGAUUAUAUCAUGAAAAACGAAGCCAACGCAGAUGUGCUGAAAGCCAUGGUCGCAGACAAUUCGGUGUGCGAUCCGGAAAGCCCAACCACUCCUGGCAGUCCAACGAGUCCCGGUUCUCCCUUGUCUCCUGGAGGUCCUUCGUCAAAACACACGUGCCGGGGACACCACCUGCACACCAUUGGGGGCGUGGCUGGGACAGGCGCUUGCUCCCGUUGCAGCCAAAAGCGGUGGAAUCUCUUCAGCCCAAAUAAAAGAGCCAAAGAACCCAAGAGACCAAGACACGGAGAAGUCACCGUACUCUCCGUGGGAAGAUUUCGGGUUACCAAAGUGGAACAGAAGUCUGCUUCUAAGGACCGGAAACACUUUGUGCCCAUCAGCGGAGGCCAGACUGCUGACGUGCCCUCUACCCCCGUGAAAGAAAGCUCUAAAGAACAGUCGGCUUCCUGUCCUCUCACCCCAGAAUCAAAAGAGCUGAAACCAACACCUAACAAACAGAGAAAAGGCGGGAGAUCCGAUUCAGGAUAGCCCUUUGGGACAGAAAGUUCAUGGUAGGA